AUGAGAGGCCGCCGGACAUCAUUGGCCCCCAAGGCAGCAUCGAAAUGGUCAGAAAGUGUAAAAACUCUCACCUUUACACCAGAACAUGAAGAGAGGGAUAGCCAGCCGUCGCAGAGCAGCCAAAUGACGAUUGUCGACGACGAGCGCCACGAGGUCCUCUACUUUGCCUAUGGCAGCAACCUCUCCACGGAGCAGAUGCGUUCCCGCUGUCCCUUUUCCACCGCCAUCGGCCUCGGCUUCCUGCCCUCCUGGCGCUGGAUCAUCAACGAGCGCGGCUUCGCCAACAUCGUCUCCCCCACCCACCCGUCCUCCUCCUCCAACGCACCUGCGGACACUGCCGGCGGCGUCUACGGCCUGCUGUACCUGCUGCCGCCACGCGACGAGGAGAGCCUCGACGUCUUCGAGGGCGUGCCGGGUGCGUACGGCAAGGUGCAGUGCCAGGUGCGCUGGGUGCGCGACGGCGACGGCAAGCCCAUCCCCGGCGGCGGCGAGACGGUGACGGCGCUGGUGUAUGUGGACGAACGCCGCACGGGGGACGGCACGCCCAGACAAGAGUACAUUGGCAGGAUGGAGAGGGGCAUCGAGGACGCGGUGCGGAAUUGGGGCCUGGAGGAGGAGUACGCGAACAGGGUCAUGAGGAAGUGGUGGAAGUGCGCCUAG